CAGAGGGAGGCAUCCAUCAUGAGGCUGCUGGGCCACAGGAACGUGACGAAGCUGUUCGAAAUCAUCGACGAGCCGGGCCACGACGAGGUGUACUUGGUGAUGGAGCUCGUCGAGGGCACUGAUUUGGGGGAGCCGGUUCGGCGGCGGCAAGCCGUGCCCGAUUCUGAGCUGAGGGCGUGGAUGCGCGACAUCGUCCUCGGCUUGGAGCACCUCCACCUGCACGGCGUCUGCCACCGCGACCUCAAGCCGGAGAACAUGCUUCGCGACUCGCGCAGCGGGCUGGUCAAGCUCGCUGAUUUUGGAGCAUCGCUGCUGGUCAGCGUGGGCAAGAGGCUGGGCGGAGAUUUCAUCACCGCGUCGGGGGGCACGCCGGCGUUCUUUGCGCCCGAGAUGUGCCGCACGGGAGCGAUCAGCCAAGGCGGCUACUCGGGCCGCGCUGCGGACCUGUGGGCGUUGGGGGUGAGCAUGUACCUGUGGGUCUUCCACGCGCCGCCCUAC